ACCCACUCCCCCCAUUGGGCUACUUUAACGCCACUCAGUCGUAAAGAAACAUCACUUUAGCAGUGGGCCUUAUAAUUCUCUACAGGGAGUGAGUGUUCUCAUCCUAGCUAACUGACACAGUGAAAGAGGGUGCUUACAGAGGUCCUAUUGGUGGUUACUUUUACAGGACACAUUUAUUGGGCGUUAGUAAGGAGAUUCAACGAGAGCUGAAAACUAGUUGAAACCAUUUGGAGACAAGAGCGCUUAACAUUUGUAGUGUAGUGUCAUCACUAUCAAAGGACAUGGCCUUGUCGGGGACAGGAGUACCACAGUGUAGACUGUGAUAGCGACCUAAGUGGAGACGCCACCACUGGAUCUGCAAUUCCACUGGAGAUGAGCAUUAUGGGAAGGUUCCUGUUUCGGAUCUCUCUGUAAGACUGAGCAUAUGAGUAAGCCACUAUGGCGGACUGGAACUUGUUGGGCAAGCUUCUGGAGAGUGCCCAGGAGCACUCCACCGUAGUAGGCAAGGUCUGGCUGACCGUGCUCUUCAUCUUCAGGAUCCUGGUGCUAGGAGCUGCAGCUGAGAAGGUGUGGGGUGAUGAGCAGUCUGGCUUCACCUGCGACACCAAGCAGCCUGGUUGUCAGAAUGUCUGCUAUGACAAGACUUUCCCCAUCUCUCAUAUCCGCUUCUGGGUGCUGCAGAUCAUCUUCGUGUCCACACCCACUCUCAUCUACCUGGGCCACAUCCUGCACCUGGUGCGCAUGGAGGAGAAACAGAAGCAGAAAAACUUGGCUGCGCAACUGGCCAUCCACAAUGACAAGCAGCAGCUGCUGCCCGACGCCAAGCCCAAGAAGCCCCCCGUCCGGGACGACUUUGGCCGCAUCCGCCUGCAGGGGGUCCUGUUACGCACAUACGUCUUCAACAUCAUCUUCAAAACCCUGUUCGAGGUGGUAUUUAUCAUCGCUCAGUACCUGCUCUAUGGGUUUGAGCUGAAGCCUCUGUACACCUGCAACCGCUCACCCUGCCCCAACGUGGUGAACUGCUACAUCUCCAGGCCCACAGAGAAGACUAUCUUCAUCCUCUUCAUGUUGGCAGUGGCAUGUGUCUCACUGGUGCUAAACAUAGUGGAGAUGUAUCACCUGGGGUUCACCAAGUGCCGCCGGUACAGAUGUGCCCAGUCCACAUGUGAGACAGGGUCCAAGGCCCCCAGCGAGGCAGUGGUGCCUUUUGUCCCAAACUAUAACUACUUCCCCAGGCACCACCCAGCCAAUGAGCCCUACCAUGCAGAUCAGUACAUCUUGAAUGAGCCUGACUCUACCUACCACCCCUACAACAGCAAAGUGGCUUACAAGCAGAACAGAGACAACCUGGCUGUAGAGAUGAACAGUAAACCAGAAGGGGGUGACACCACAGAAAGGAAAUGCUCCAGUUCUGCUCCAGGGUCGCCUUCAGAGAAACAACGGCGAUCCAGCAAGCACAGCAAUAGUAAGACCAGACUAGAUGAUCUGAAGAUCUGAGGGCCAGUUAAGGCGCAUUUCCACCACAGGGUUUUAUACAGCUGCUUGGCCUAAAGAUUAAAACUUUCGUGUUUCCACCUCUGGUGGGGGAAAAGUAUUGGGCCAUUUGAGGGGUGAAAACAGACAAAGCAGGAUAGAUCACCACCUCAUUUGUCAGGGGCCAGAAACAAAAACCUUCUGUGGAGGCUUAGGAUAAUAGUUUUUAAUUAUUCAAGGUAGUUGAUUCUCAUUAAACAUUUUACUCCUGAAAACUUAACUUCAACUGAAAAGCAUGUCAGAUGCUGUGUGUUCUAUGUGCAGUGCUAGAAACAGAGGUGGGCUCCUGUUCUUCUUCAGUUAUGUUCCUGUACAGAACAAUCCCUUGGUCAACUGACGAGACCAAAGUCUGACUCGCACAACUCCCAGAGGUAAAGGGUACUCCCUGGACAAGUGCCAUAUCGCUAACUGGAGAGGGUUGCCAGCGAGUCUGUAUGCAAAGAGACCGAGGCCAAUUGAAGUCCAAAGCUUAAUAAAUUAGUUAGCUUGGGCACGCAAACAGCAACUGUUGGAGGUUCUCUCUCAUCAGUCAAACAUUUGCCAUGCGCAGUAUAAUAUUUCAAUGUGUUCCAAGACAAGUUGUUUCCUUAUGAACACAUGUUGAUUAUUCUGACUGGAAAUAAUGCCAAAGCAAUUGCUCGUCUGUGUAAUGCUUUGGGCACAGACUACACACCAGAAAGUUAAGAUGCAGCAUGCAUUUGAUUGAUUUUACAACCAUGAAUAGUGAAUUGUUGUUUAUGAAGAAUUUGUACAAGACAUUCAUUCUUGAUUCCUUCAAUUAGAAAAAGACAGAAAAUAAACUUUAUAGUACAUUAUCAACUUUUCUCAAGACAUUCAGGACAGAAAAUGCAUUAAACCGUACUAGUUUGUAAAUGAAAGACAAUACAAUCUAAGCAGGAUCAAAAAGUUUAAAAUAAAAAGAUAUCAUGAAGUUAGGCUUCUUUUGUGUGGUUUAAUGAACAGUUGGUUAUAUGAUUGUAACAAUAAGAAAUUCUUAAAUGAAGGGCAAUAUAUAUACACAUUAGCUAUGAAGUAAAAGGACUGCCAUGACUGAGUUUCUUGAUACUGUACAUGUGAACAUCUCUGGCAGCAAUAAAUGGUUUCCACCUCACUGGCCACAUGGUAAACACAGAUUUAAAGUGUUUAAGUUGAACAUUAUUGUUUAUAUUAUCAGUGUAUGAACAUUAAGCUUUUGAAUGAAAAAAAAAUCCAGUGAGGCUAGCAUAGGGGGUUAAAUUCAGUGUCAAUUAAAUGGUUUUAUGAACUAAAGUAAAUGACUUUUAUACAGCUGUUCUGUACACUUCAUAACAAACAAAUAUAUGGGUUUCCAAUACGAACCACAGACGUUUCAACUAGUUGUCGUUGACAGUGCCCAAAGUACCUAAGCGUUCCAAAUACAUUAUCUGAACUGAGGGUGGUAUACUGCAGUGCUAAUAUAGUUUCUAUACAGAUCUAGCUACAAUGGUAAUUCUAUAGGGGAAAUGCUCACUGAACUAUUUGUGUAGGGGUGACUUAACAACCAUGGGACAACAAAAGGCAUUGUAGUUAGUACAAUGCCAGGGUUGUGGGUCCUGUGUGGCUCAGUUGGUAGAGCAUGGUGCUUACAACGCCAGGGUUGAGGGUUCGAUUCACACGGGGGACCAGUACGAAAACGUAUGCACUCCCUACUGUAAGUCACUCUGGAUAAGAGCGUCUAAAUGACUAAAUAAAAAAAUUGAAAAAGUAACAUAUGCCCGUCAUCCCUUGUGCUAGCGGCUUCCACAUCAGCAAUGUACACUAUAUAAACUUGUUGCGUGGCUUUCAGUCCAUGUCUCCCUGUCCCGGGUGCUCGU